ACGCCACUCACAGCCAUGUCGCGGUACCAACCGGACCUCACAAUUCCGGCAGGGUUCCAGUACCUGGUGCAGGACUUUACCCGCGAGGUCCUGCGGACGCAGCCGUCCAACAUCUACCACUUUGGGGCCCACUUCUUUGCCUCCAAGCUGGAGGAGCGGACGGCGCCUCCGCCGACGGCUGCGCCUACCCACCUGCAGCCGACAGAGCUGCGCGAGCUGCUUAUGGACGCAUUCCUGGCCCAGGACGAGCAGCGCAAUGGCUUCCUCCCCAGGACGAGCAGCGCAAUGGCUUCCUCCAUCAUGCCCGCUUUGCAGAGAUCUUCCGUGACCCACGUCUGGAGCUCAACGAGACGCAGAUCCAGCGGGUGAUGGCGGAUGCGGAGGAGAACGACUAUGGGAUGAUCGAGUAUGCCAACACGCAGUUUGUGGACAAGGCGGUCAAGGUUAUCACGAGCAUGUACGAGGCGCCGGCGGGGAGUGUCGGCAUCUCCGACGCGCCUGUCGACGUCCUCGUCGGCCGCGGUAUGCACCGCGAGGACUUUGAUCGCUUGCUGGAGGACUGUUUCUUCUCGGUCGAUCCGCACAACUCGGGCAUGAUGUCGCGGUCGGAACUCCGCCGGGCGCUGGCUGGCUGCGCUGUCGGCUUUACCCGCAAGGAGGUGAACAUGCUGAUGCACGCGGCUGACGAGAACGCUGAGGGCAUGGUCACGUACGCCGUCUUUCUGCCCAAGGCCUUUGACAUUGUGCGCUACUACGUCAACACCACGCUUGGCACGCCCGGAGCUACCAUGUCGUCGCCCGAGUGGCGCGACGCCCUCCUCGACACCUUCCAGUCCAACGAUCCGGACGCGUCGGGCUUUAUGCACCGCAUCCUCGCCCGCAACCUGCUUAUGCGGUCGGGCCUCGGCCUCACCCACUUUUGCAUCUACGAGCUGCUCUCGGCCGUCGACGAGGACGACGCAGGCUUUAUCUCGUACGCGGACCUGGCGUCUGUGGCCGGGCCGAUGCUUGCCGCCCAGCUCAACGACAUGGCGUCGGCGGUCCAGUACGCAAAGUACGUCCGCAAGCACGCAGUCGUCGAUCUUGGCGAGGUCGACAUCAAGACCUUCCUCAAGAUCUCGUUUGGCUCGUCGCGCGAGAUGUCGCGUGCCGAGGUCGCCGCCCUCCUCCGUGCCAACGACGACAUUGUCUUUGCCCCGCACGAGGUCAACGCUCUCCUCUCGACCGUCUCUGAGGACGAGGCUGGCGUCGCCGUCAACGACUCGCUCCUCGCCCUCGGCUACGACAUCAUCAAGUACCUCGCCUUCCGCAAGACCUUUGCCGCGUCGGGCGGCGAUCUCGCAGCUGUCCCGGCCCGCGACUCGGCCGCCGACAUCAUCGUCUCAUCGGCCGUCGCAGCCUCGGCUGCCGCUGCCGCCGGCACGUCGGGCGGCGAGGUCGGCGACGACCCGGACCGCGCCCUCUCGCUCAUGUGA